CACUAAAUAAAUAAAUAGCUUGCUUUCGCAAACCUUUUUGCUAUUUAGCCCUGUGGUCAACAACGCUUAGCUCGCCGACAUAAUGGCACUAAAUACAGUUCGGAUCAGUCCUCCCGUUGUUGAGUUUACCGAUGUAAAAGUUGGAGAGGUUUACAAGACAGCUGUCACGGUAACGAACAUUGGCAAGUCCUCGAAAAGAAUGCGAAUGGUUGAACCCAUAUCAAAGUUGUUCAGAUUGAAGGUGAACAACCCAUGCACCUCCAUAGCGCCUGGGUUGUCCAUGACUGGCUGUCUGGAUUUCUCUCCAGACAAGGAAGAGGAGGUACGAGACCGUUUGCUGCUCCUCCUCGAAGAUGAGGCUACAGAGAUCCCUCUGUCAGCGUUCCCGAUGGCUUGCUCCCUCCAGAUGGAGUCCCUGGUUGAUUUUGGUUCUGUCCUGGCUAACAGCCAGGUGAUCAGUAAGGAGGUCUCCCUCACCAACCAGGGCUCUGCUCCAGGAGUGUUUGAGGUACUGUACAAUGGAGACACAUCUGUCCGGCUGUCUCCUUGUAGCGGUGUGGUGUCUCCUGGCGCCACCCAGUGGCUAAAAGUGGAACUGUGUACAAACAGAGCCAGACACAUCAGAGAGCAGGCACUAGUGAAGCUGCAGGGGCGGGCGGACGUGGUCCUGAGGGUGUGUGCCGACGUGCAGGAGCAGAGCCUGGAGCUCCGGGACCCUGAGGGGCGUCCUCUCUCCUGCCUGCGUUUUGGCUCGCUCUACUUUGGCACAGCCGCUGUGGAGACGCUGGUUGUGAGGAACAGCGGACCGCAGGCCUGCCACUGGGUUGUGGUGUUGCUGGAGGACGCUCCAGGAACUGAACUGGGUACGGACAUCCAAAAGAGCACUGAUGCUGCCCUUGCGGAGAGGAGCGCGACGAACGCAGCCGUAACCAUGGACGCCAGGCGCGUCAUCACCUGCGUGCCUAACGAGGGUGGCCUGGGCCCUUACGAGGCCACCAGCCUGUCCGUGUGCUUCAGCCCAGUCAGCAGGAACAGCGAAGGCAACAGCAGACAAGAUUAUUCCCUCUUCCUGUUGUUUGACAUAGUGGAAAGGAAACACGGCUUCACACAUCAGAGACUCUGUAAUGGUGGGGGUGCUGUGGAGCUGGCGGUGACGGGCUCAGGCCUGCCCAUGGCCCUGGUGCCCAGCCCCUCCCUCCACUUCAGCUUCCAGGACUGUACGCCGGGACAGCGCGUGUCCAUGCUGUGUGUUCUCCAGAACCAGUCCCACCUGCUGCCACUCAACUUCCGCUUUUGCAAGAUCGCCAACUUCAUCAGCGACCCGCCCACUGGCGUCAUUGCCCCUGGACAGUCCCUGGAUGUGGUUCUGUCCUUUUCUCCUCACCAGAUGGGCCGGUUCCAGGUGCACCAGCCCCUGAAGGUGAUUGGACAGGUGGCUCACGUCAACUCGUCCUCCGUGAAGCUCCGCCUCUGCAGCUUCCACACCGUCACCCUGCACCUAUCAGCUGUCUGCCACGCCCCCAAGGCCGGCCCUCGAGGAUUGGUUCCUUCUGGCAUUCUGUGCUCGGCUAAGACGCGCCUCCACAGGCACCGCCAGAGCGAAAAGAAUGGGGCGGGGCUACUAGCCCUCCCAGACAAGCCCAUGGCCCGCCUUCGAUCUGGCUUCCCUGACACACCACACAGGACCAUCUUCACAGGGGUGGAGCGCUACCGCUACACAGACCCAGACUACAGCUACAGCGAGGAGGAGGAGCAGCAGAGACAGAGACACAGGCAGCUCUACCUCACCUUCAUCAGGAGCCUGAGAGAGACGCGCCUGCACCGCAGCUCUCAGAGGUCCCACAGAGAGGUCGAGGACGAGGUGGACAUUGGGAUUCGUCCGGCCGAAGGGCUCUCCCCGCCCAGACUCUCCCUGCAAGACCUGGAGACCAAUCAGAGCCCUGCAGAGGGCUGCUGCCAGCAGAGCCAAUCACUGACUUCUUGUGCCUUGGCAGCCAUGAAGAUCAGCCCCACAUCCAGACAGGUGGAGACAGGGGGGAUGAACGCUGUUCCCUCCACCAGACAGGAAGUGUCAGAGUGCAGCAGCAAGCUCUCGGCUCAGCAGCUCCACCAGGUGGUCGUAGGACCCAGCUCAGUGGACUUUGGGGAGGUGUGUGUCCAGUCGGUGUGCGUGCGUCCCCUGGAACUUGUGAACCAUCUAGGAGUGUGUGUGUGGGUGCAGCUGGAGCUGGACUGUCCUGAGCUGCAGCGCUCCUCCCCCCUCUCCUACGUCCUGCCCCCCGUCUCCAGGGCCACCCUCCCCCUCACCUUCCAGACCUCCAAGCUGGGAGACUUCUACAAGUCCGUGUCCUACACAGUGAACAGCUGUCACCCGGGUCAGGUUCUAGUCGUGGCCCGGGUGGUUCCCCUGGCGCUGGAGCUCUCCGCCCCCGAAGUGCUGCUCGGCCCCGCCCACAGCCUGCUGGCCCAAUCAGGGUACAGGAGCUCUGUCACACUGCGGAACCGUGGUAACCAGGUGGCCGACUUCACCUGGAAACCCAUCAUCACAGAGGAGGGCAUGGCCUUCUCUAUACGCCCUGCCACAGGGUGUGUGGAGGCCCACAGUGAGCUGGAGUGUGAGGUGGUGUGGCACCCGUCCUUCUGCUCCCUCCUGGAGGGCAGCUUCCAGCUGUGGGUUCACCUGGGUAACACCACACACCUGCGCUGCGUCGCCAAGCUAGGAAGGUCCAGUGUGCAUCUGUCAGAGAAGCAGCUGGUGUUUGGCUCAGUAGCUCUCAACCUGCCCUCCAGCAGAACCAGCAGACUCCUCAACACUGGACACAACCACGUGCACUAUCAGGUGCUGGAUGUGUGUCCUCUGCCGGGGAUGACCGUGAGCCCCUCUGAGGGCGUGGUGCCAGUGGGGGGGCAGGUUGACAUCACUGUGCUGCUCACGCCUGCGGCCGUCAUGAAGUUUCACACCCGAGUGAAGAUAGCCCUGAGGAACAUGAAAGCCCUGGAGCUGAGGGUGGGGGGGUCAGUUGAACCUCCUCUGGUGGACAUCGACGUGAGUUCCUUCCUGUUCCAGGGGGUCUAUGCCGGCUCCAGUCACAGGGUUCCGUUCCGGCUGCAGAACCGCUCCCCUGCCCUGGCCCAGGUCCACUUCCUCCUGGAGCAACACACAGACUUCACCAUCCUCCUGCCUAGCAGCGUCACAGGUCCAGAGGCAGGUCCAAACGAGUAUGUGUGUGAUCUGCAGGCUCUCCAGACUGUGGACUGCGCUCUGGUCUUCUCUCCCAAACAGGUGGGAUCGCACGACUUCAUACUGCCCGUCACCGUCAACGGCGUGGGCUCUCGCUCGACUAGCGCCGGCUCCGCCCCUUCCGCCACGGCGAGCGACGGGCACAUGGUCACGCCGCGCCCCCCGGCGGUCACGCUGGAGACAGUGUCACGUCGCGUGCAGGCCACGGCCUUACGAGGACCUCUUGAAAUGUUCCCCUCCACGCUGCAGUUUAAUGUGGAACUUCUAGAACCGGGUUCCACAACGCUCACACAGACAGUGGAGCUGAGGAGUGUGUCCCAGGAGUGUGUGUUCUGGAAGUUGGACUGCAGUGCUGCGUCAGCACUCUUAGGGGGUGCCAGGUUGUUCCUCUCUCCUGCAGGGGGCUCCCUGCUGCCUGGCAACACCCUGACCAUCACUGUCACCAUGGAGACACACAACCUGGCCCCAGUUCCUGGGGGGCGCGUCCAGCUGUCCCUCCCACUCUCCGCGGGGGGCGAGGAGAGGAUGGAGGUGGACGGAGGCCGCCGCGCCUACAGAGAGCUCAGGAUCUGCCUCACCCUCUGCCCCCCCACCAUCACCUUCCUCCCCCCUCGAGUCCUCCUCACCCCCGCCCCACUGGACACCCCCACCACCGCCACGCUCACCCUGCUCACCUCCGGAUACCCCAGGGGCACCAGUGUGUGUGUGGAGGUAGAGGAAGUGGAGUUGGAUGAUGGAACCAGGCUGAGGCCUCUCACCGUCAGCCAGCCUCGGGGUGGCCCCCUGCCAGCCCAGCCCCAGGGUCAGGCGCGGGGCCACACUCAGGACAGCUGGUCCUCCAUGGUGUACACGGUGACCUUCUGCUGCCCCCAGCCUCUGUCUCUCUGCUCACACAUCACCUUCAUAGACCACCUCAACAACAGGUUUCAAGUCGAGGUGUGUGCUACGGCUGACAACUGUUUGCUGUCCGUGUGGCCCCACCUGGCCCUGCACCGCUCCCAGCAACACAUCGUCCUCAGGAGUGGUCAUGUGAACAGUGAUUCAGGGGGUUCCCAGCUGGCGGGGGAGGCGGUACUCCAGCCCUGCUACUCCCCUAGCUCCGCCUCCCACUACACUGGCUCCACCUCCUCCACCUUUGCUGUCCUCAGCUCCUCCUGCAGCCGCACCCUCUCCGACUCAGCGUUAGACAGCCGCAGUGACAGUGUGUGUGACACUCAGGCUGGGACAAAGGAGGUGUGGCCUCUGAGUGAAGGCAUCCCCAGCUUCCCACGGGCGGAGUCGGAGGAGGGGCUAUACUACCACAGCGUCCUAUUGGCUGUCCAGAAGUGGUUCAGCCUAUUUGGCUGGCCACGUGGUCCCAACCCCAUAUCACUACCGCACACGCUCAGAAGGGUUGAGUGUAAGGUGGAGACGAUGGAGGUGGGGCCAGGCAAUGGGCGGAGCUUCCGUGUGAGUCAGAGGCGGGGCGUGAAGACAGUGAAUGACAUGCUGUUGCACCUGGCGGCCACGUCCCUUCCUGGUGCCUGCUCUAGCCAAUCACUUCCCUCCAACCCUACCUUGCGACUCCGAGAGCUCCUUGACCAGCACUCAAACCUGCUUGCCUUCCUGAGGGCCCAGGGAGCUUGUCUGUCUCAUAUCAGACCUGAGUAUCUGUUAGAUCUGCAGGAGUUCAACCACUGGAGAACACAGCAGGCCCCAACAGAGCAGCGGACCAUAGACUACAGCAGCUGUGACUACGAAGCCCUCAGCACACGAGCCUGGACUGACGUCCUGCUGCAGACCUACAAGGUGCUGGUGCUGAGGCGUGUGAGGGAGGUGUGCAGGGGCCCCCAGGGCCCUGAGGGGGUGGAGCACGGAGCUGUGCCCAGGAUCGAUCCCUCCCCUUUGGCCAGUAACGUGUACUCUCCCUGGGAGCGCAGGCUCCUGUCCUGGCUCAACCUGCACUACCACAACACCAGGACCUCCAUCUGGGCCUCGGACUCCUGCAGGGGUGGUGUGCCAUCGGCGCGCUGGGUGGUGAACUUUGAGCUGGACCUGGCUGACGGGCUGGUGCUGGCCGCCACACUGGCCGCUUACUGCCCCUUCCUGAUUGGCAGCCAUUUUCAGAGGAUGUACACUAACAGCUGCAGCCUGGAGCAGAACCUCCACAACAACAUCAUCCUCUGCCAGGCCCUGCAGACGCUCGUCCUCGGACUAGACAUACAGCCUACAGAGUUGUCGGACCCUAACCCCGUCCUGAUGCUCAUGCUGUGUGUUCACCUGUAUGAACACCUGCCCCAGUACCUCCCCCGCCGGACCCUCACCUUGUCAGGCAGCCUACACUCCAGCUUCACCAAACAGGUGCGUCUCAGGAGCCCAUCCUCCUGUCCUCUGCUGUACCAGGCUUCCCUCCUGGGGAAGGACGCCCACCUGUUCUCCCUCCCUCACGGACCCUCCAUCACCAUCCCCCCCAAGGGUCAGCGUGUGGCGGAGCUGACGCUGCGGUACUCGGGCUCCUUCCUGCGGCCCAGGGAGGCGGCGCUGCUGCUCUCCCCCCGCUCUGCCGUCGGCCCACGCGGGGCGCCGCUGGUCUUCUCCCUGAAGACGCAGGUCACGCACGUCACCCCGAGCGGUGUUGUGAAGUGUCGAUCUCCAUGUUACCAGCUGAAGAAGUUGCAGAUAAGGGUGACCAAUCCCUUCAGCCAGGACGCCUCCUUCAGGGUGGUUCUGGUGGAGUCCAGAGAGAACCCCCUCCAGCUGGAUGACAACCAGAGCAUCAAGGAGAACCUUAUCCAGCAAGUCACCUCCAAAGCCGACCACAACCCUAACCCAGACAGUACAACCAGUCAGACAGAAAUAAUCGACACAGAACACGCCUCUGGGAAUGAAAAUGAUCAAGGAGAGAGGAGGGGUGUGUGUGAGUUCCACACCCCGUGCAGCACGGUGUGUGUUCAGGCAGGACAGACAGAGGUUCUGGAGCUCCACUACCUGCCCUUCCAGCUGGGUCAGAGAUACUGCUCCCUGCUGAUGGCCUGCACCCAGGUCGGGGAGCUGGUGUACCUGGUGAAGGGGGUGUGUGAGCUGCCUGUCCCCUCGCCCUUACCAAGCCAGCCGAGCCCCUGGACUGUGGCCCCCAGCAGCGGCCCCUCUGGAGAGUGUGAGGCGGGGCCGACCCUAACCCUCCGCUGUGGCGUGGGGGAGGUGUGUGAGGUGGUGGUGUGCGUGCCCCUGGUGAACGUCCAAUGGGAGCGCGCCCUGGCGGCGGUGGGGCAGCGGAGGAUGAGCGAGGAGGAGCUGUGGAGGCGUGCGCUCACACACACCCUGGACAGCAGCUCGGUCAGGGCCGCCGUGGCCGCCAACACACUCACAGACUCACAGGCCCUACUGGUCCAUGGUCCAGCCCAGAAUCAGAAGGUGGACUACAGUGUGGAGGUGUCUCUACCUGAACACUUCACUGUGACAGACUCCAUCAGCCUGCCUGUGGCCCGCCAUGCCACUCUGCCACAGGACUCCCCUGCAGACUCGGAGGUGGUUCUGCUUCCGUUGCGGUUCCAGGCUGGCAGUGCAGGCCUGUUCUGCUGCCAGCUGGUGCUGCGCUCCUGGAGGGACGUCAGGCUCCAUCUGCUGGAGGCUCAGGUCACUGCACCUGGUCAGCACGCUCACCUGGACUUCAGAACACCAGCACACCAGCCUGUCACCCAGGAUAUCCCUCUGAACAACGAGAGCAGCCGGGACUGGAGGCUGCGGGGCGUGGUUGCUGGGCGGGGCUUCUCUGGCCCCCCUGUGCUCUACCUGAGGGCGGGGGAGAAGGCUCCCUACCCGCUCACUUUCCAACCCUCCGCACAGGGUGUCGUCACGGGCAAGCUGUCUCUGCUGAAUGACAGCAACGGUACAGAGCACAUCUUUACCCUGCGAGGUCGGGGAGAGCGCCCCCUGCCUGUGGAGCAGCUGGUACUGCACUGUCCUGUCAGACAGACCUCAUCCUGCACCCUGCACGUCCCCAACUACAGCCAAGACACACUCACCUGCAAGGUGGAGUCAGACCUGUCCUUCGUCAGUGGUGCGGCUACCCUGCAGAUCGAACCAGGUUGCACCCACCCCUACACACUCUCUGUGUCCCCAUGGAAACGGGGGAAGCACACCGGGUCAGUGUCGUUUGUUGCCAUGGAGAUGGAGGACGUGCAGGAAAUUGAUGGACCAAAUGCAGUGGGCUCCUCUAGACAGUAUGAGGUUUGGUUUUCUCUAGAAGUUGCAUGCAGUCCGGCCCCACCCACGAAGGUUGUCGUCGUGCAGUGUGCUGUUCAGAGCUGUGUUACCGUGGAGAUCUCAGUUAGCAACCCACAGGCAGAGUCUCUGCUGCUGGGGGUGUGUCUGGAGGGAGAGGACCUGAGUGGGGACAGCCAGGUGUGUUUGCCAGCGGCCGGCAGCCUCACCUACAAAGCUACUUACAGCCCUGCCAGGGUAGGACACAGGACCGGCAGCGUGAUCUUCCAGUCUGAGUUGCUUGGAGAGUUCUGGUACCAGUUGAACCUGCUGGCUGAACCCCCUGUCCCAACCACCCUACCCCAGAGUAGCUGUGAGCUGGGGAAAUGGAUCAGAGAAUGGAUUUCUCUAGUCAAUCCCACAGAUGAGACCUUAGAGCUGAAUGUUGUCAACAGCAACCCCCGCAACUACACUGUGGAACUGGGCACAAACAGCCCUCUCAUUGUAGCCCCCCACUCCUCUACCAAGGUUCCGGUCCGUUUCAGCCCGUCAGCUAUCGGAGCAGGAAACCAUACUGCUAACAUCACCUUCACCUGUCCUCAGGUGAUGGAGUGGCGAUUUGUGCUGAGUGGGCGGGGCCUGGUGCCAGGGAGCAUGGACCCCCUGAGUGUCUCGUCUCUGAUUGGCUCCCACUCCUCGCUCAUCCUUCCCUUCACCAACCCCACAGAGCACAGUGCUCUGCUGCAUAUCAGCCUCUCAGAUGAAGAUCCCAGCGGGGGGGCCUGCCCGUCGGCCCAGAGAGACAGCCAGGUCUUCUGCAUCCCCCUCAAACACACACACGGAGUGCGUGUGUGUGCGGGGGCCAGUGUGGACAUUCCGGUGGUGUUUGCUCCAGACUCCAUGCAGCUCCACCAGACCUGGCUCUGCCUCCGGCUUCACCCUCUCCAGGACCUGCAGGACCAGGAACACACACCCAGCCAACAAGACCAGGAACACACACACACACCCAGCCAACAGGACCAGGAACACACACACACACCCAGCCAGCAGGACGAGAACCAGGGACACACACAUAUGGACAAGUCAGGGUGUGUGGUGGAGAAUGGGCGUGUCAGUGCUGUAUGCUGGGUUUAUCCCAUCCACGGGAUCCCUGAGGCUCCGCCCAAACCUUCUCAGCCAGCGGAGGUGGUGUGUGAGGCAGGGCGGAGGAUAGAGGAGAGGAUAGAGGUGCAGUUUACCGCCUGCAUCCCAGUGUCCUCCACCCCUGCCAACAACCAGGACCAGAGCAGCAACACAGCCCCGAUCACAGGCUCCCUUGUAUGUCUGGAGGACUUUCUGUGUGAGCUACGUUACCAUGGUGAGGAGGAACGGGCAUGGCUGGAGGGCUGUGUGUCUGUAUCUCUACUGGAGGGGAAGAGGGACCCCCAAUCUGGCAUCGUGUCCCUCAGCCUGGGCCUCACCUACGCCCCCCACAGACCACUCAGGUGUUUGGCAGAGCUGGUGGUCCGCUGUGUGACAGGAGGGCUCUGGAAGUUUCCCAUCAGACUGGUUUCCACUGCUCCGCAGGUUGAUGACGUCAUCAUCAUCGAGGCAAGAGGGCUCCACAAGACCUCUGCUGUGGGCUUUCGCCUGACCAGCCAGACCAGCCACCCAGAGGCCUUCACCGCAGGCUUCCUCCCAGGCAGUGGGAGGGAGUUCACGGUGGAUCCGCCCUCGGGAGAGCUGCUUCCUGUGGGCUCGGCUGGAACACUGCUCACCGUCUCAUUUACUCCCAGCAUGUACAGCAAGAAGCACCUCGCUACGCUCCUGGUCCAGACACCAGACAUGCAGUGGACCUAUGAGGUGCGAGGAAUGGCACCUGCAUAUACCCCGCCCCUCUCUCCUGGCUCCACUAAUGGGAUCAGUUCCUCAGGGACCCGCCCAUCUGAAGUUCGCCAGCGGAACUUUGUGGCUCGAAACCUUCAGCUUCCUGCCCUUGCUAACUCCUCCCCCUUUAGACGCAGAGCCGGCACUUUUGUGGCAGACACACAAUAAGCGACACAAACCUGAACUACACACGCA